CUUAAAAAGCGUUAUAAAAUAUAAUAGACUUAGAGUUAAAUAUUUUAAUUCAACAGACUUUUCAGAUUACAAUACCAUCUUCAUCCAAGAUAAUCGUACGCAACGAUGAUAGUUUUAUCGUCGAAUUCGCUUCAUCUCCAGGACCCUAACAAGUCGAUCUUCACGUAACAUAAUUUUGAAACUUCGGGGUAAUCUCCAAGAUCAUUUUCACGCACAGUGGUGGCGCGCUAUGGUUCCUGUUGACCUCUCCAACGCUCCGACGAGCUGCAAUCUCCACGGCCCGACAGCCAUCGCUUCUCCAGCACCAAUGGAAACCUGCAACGUAGACCCGCUUGCCGCCUGCCCAAUGGCCCCCGACAUGCACGCUCUACCAGAGGAAGGCACCGCCGACAAGGCUCUUUCCGUGCUGAAGAACGACCAUCUCGAACGAGUAAUCCAAUUGCGUGACAAGAUCUGCGCCCGCGAGACCGACCCGGAGAGAUACGAACUGUGUGUGCAAAUGCGGGACGAGCUUCUCCGGGAGAGCUCCGAAGUCCAGCUUCUGGCCGCCGCCUACGAUCAUGUCAUGUCUACUCAUUGCGCCAAGUACAAGGAUCGGAAAUUGGCCAGGGAAAAGCGGUCGACCAAGCGGACAAAACUGGACGAGGAUUCAGAGUGGAACAGGUUCCUCGACGUUGCAGAGAGCGGUCUGGAGUUCAAAUCCCAAUGUCUCUCUCCGCUAAAGACGGUAGCGGCCUGCUGGGGAGAGGAUGUUGUCCAGCACUACCAGUGGGUUUACAAGGGACCCAAAUACUGCAAAGUGCUCUGCACAGCAGCACGGAACGUUAACACCUGGAAGAGGGCCGUAGAGGCGUUGAAUUGGUUGAUGCUCAAACGAUCUCAGCAGGGACCGAGUCUCAAGCGGCGCCCGAUCCACGACUCGUCCAAUCCCAUCCAACAAGGCGAUUUGGACAACUUGGCCAAGUAUCCGCCGGACACCGAGCGGGCCAUCGAAGCGCCCCAGGGGUUUGGCUUCGACAAAUUCGGCCUCCUAGUCUAUGAGAAAUACGCUUCCGUCCUGCCACAGGCCGAUAGACUUGUUAGUCCGAGCUCGGCAACCCCGCCAGAAGUUGGCAAUUCUGAUACCUCUGAGGAGCCAUCGAUAUCAGACAGCACUACUAGCACAGGCCUAGAGACGGCCGCUGCCUCGGAGGGAUCGGAUCGGAUGAGUUUAGACCCUAUCGUGCGGGAGGUCAUCAAUACCGUCCUUGCCGAGGGCGCCAAUGAGGCGAUGACAAGCUGCGGCCAAUCUAGCAGUGAUUCUAGUGAGGAUAGGGCUGCAAUUCUACCUCCUCCUGCUCCCCCUGACUCCGCUAAUGCCACGCCCGAUUCCUCUAUUACCUCGGAGGAAUUAGAUCGGACGGAUUCCGACACCGACGGUGCUGGGGCCGAGGAUGGUCUUGGCCCUGCGAAUGCCGUCCCCGAUCAGUCUAUCAGAGUGGCACCUCGCCCACGUCCGUCCUACCAGGGCCUCGCCGGCACCAAAGCAGCCAAGCCCAGACAAGCUCGACUUCCCCGGGUCCAGGUUACAGAGAUGCCGCCAGACUGCUGUUCGAAAGUGCCAUCAUCGCUCCGAUUGGCCUUGACCAACCCGUCUCUGUUCGACCACGAGGCAGCAGCCCAACUCUUCCCUUUCCUCGGCCAGCUUUGCCGUGAGCACCUUCAGCGCUAUGCCGAACUUCGGCACCACACCGAGCAGCCACUGGCUAUGGCUUUGGCCAAAGGCGCCGGCUUGCUUGAGCAUCUAAAUACACCAAGCAAAGCCGCGUUGUACGCCGAUGCCAGUACUUCCUUCCGCCGCCGCAGAGCCUCGCUGUCCGAUAUCACCACGCCGUCGAAGCGGCCACGGCUCGACGCGCCGCUGGCACUCUCUAAGUGGCCAGGCAUUCGUGGAGACCGGCCGGCGCAGGACAUUAUAGCCGACGAUGCCUACCGGCGACGAGUGAUGGCCGAACUGCGCCAGGUCACGCCGGUCGCUGGCUCGCACGGCGAGGAAACCAAUCGGCUUGUUUACGAAUUGUUAGAGAGGGUUCAGCACCCAAACACCGACAGCUGCCGUGGCAGAGUCGAGGCCUGGUUUUGCACUGGCGACGAAGCAGCACAUAUGGUCGAGUCUCGGUCUCCCGUCGACGCUCCGAUCUUCACCAAAGACCAGCAGCCGUUUAGAUGGGGCGAGGGAGGACGCCCGGUUGAGCAAUUCUUUCGGAGAACAUCCCGUCUCGCAGUUCUGACGAGGAGUCCUUUCAGGGUGUUGAUGGCAGGGAGCGCUGAGAGAGUGGUGGCGUCCACGGAGCAGUGGAGCGAGUGGAAGGACGUCGAUAAAUGGGCCCUGCUUUCGCAAGGCGGCCAUCAUACGGCUCCACACAUGGACAGUCACGGCUACUCUACGUGGAUCACAGCGCAGGAAGGGACAAUCGGGUUCAUCUGGAUGUCAUCCCCAACAAAAGAAGAACGGGAAGCGUGGAUGGCCAACCCCCACUGCUAUACCGGUGGCAGAUGGAGAUACGUCCUCAUUCGGCCAGGCGAGACUGUUUUCUUCGGGCCGGGCACGAUCCACGGUGUCUUUCGAGAACAAAAUUGCCAGACAUUGGCUUUCGGUGGCCAUGUUCUCCAGUGGUCUGGCAUCCAGCGCUGGAUCCAAGUUGUUCUUGCCGAGCUGAACAACCCGGCAACCACGAAUGAGGAGAUGAAGACGACCGCGCCGAAGCUCGUCGGCGUGGUAGCAACGCUUGUCGAAACCAAAGUGAAGGAGGGUCGGGUCGAGGAGCUUGGUGGCGAGGCUGCAGUCAAGGGCUUCUUCGAAUCCGUCAGAGAAGUACGGAGAAAACAAAACUGGAAGAAUUUCAAUUAG